CAAGCACCGCCCGCCCGCGCGCCGUGGCGGCGCUGUGGAAGGAAAACCCUAGAUGAACCACGCCGCCGGGAAGCAGCCAUAUUGCCCUUGUGCUAUAUUUUAACAUAUUAUAUAUAUAAACCCAACGCGCUCUCCUCUCCAUCAGACAGUACUACUACUGUUGGCACAUCUCGAAAUUCCAACAGCGGCACGUACACCACCAUGGCCGGCGGGAAGAGGAGUAAGCUGCUGCAGGGUGCUCCGCCGCCGCCGCCGCCGCCGCAAUGGUCUGACGUCCGUGGCCUGCUCCACAUGCGGUUGACGGACGCCGCCGCGGAGCUCAACGUCUCAAUCACCUACCUCAGGCGCCUCUGCCGCCAGAACGGCUUCGCUCAGUGGCCAGGAAAGAAGAUCCGGUACAUGAACAGUACAGGGAAGAAGGUGAUGCUGGAGGCAGAUGAUGCGCUGCUGGACGCCUCGCCGUCUGCUGGUCUCGCUGGUACUUCCGGGCUCCGGCAGGCCAUGAGCGCGGAAACCCGGAACGAGGAAGAGGACGACGAACCAGUUGCGAAUCAGGAACUCACCACUUUAAACUUGAUAGACAAGGUUGGAUCGUCCUCGUCCCCCAGCCGCAGCGACGGCCGCAGCUAGUUUGCCAGUGCUAGCUUGCUGUCAUCUGUGUGAUGCAAAAUGCAAUACAUGUAGCUGAUCACAGGCUUCAUCUAUAUCGGUCGACUAUGUAUUAUUACUGUGAUCCCAGUUCGAGCGAGAACAUCUAUUAUAUUGAAUGUGCUUUGUUGUUAACUCCAA